GAGGGAAGAAGGGAGAGGUGGAUUGGCCAAUACAUUUGGCUGUUUCCGGGGGGAGUGGGGGCUUCGGUGCCGACAAGGAGGAGACAGCUCGUCGGCUUCUCUUCCUCUUGCCGCUGCUUGCCUUGUUGUUGUUAGCCGACGACGGUGGAGAAGACAAAAGAGGAGUGCUGGUCGCAGUGCAGCGACUGAGAAAGCUCACCUACCGACUCUUUUGUCUUUCCUCCGUGCACGCCAGCCCCAUCCACCUCCUCCUCCGCCGACGGUGGCGGCGCCGCCCCCACGCCUCCUCCUGCCAGCACCGUGCCCGGAGAUCGAGAAGAGAUCCUUCGUGAACACACUUGAGUCCACGUCAAGUCCUCAGGCAUCGAGAUAAGGUGAGCCCCCCACCCAUCUUGAUGGUUACACGCGGGGAGGUGAGAUGCUUCUUACGGCAUCCACGCCAUGCCAUGCCACGCCAUGCCAUGCCAUGCCUCGAUACCUUUUCGCUGACAGAGAAUAUGAUUAAGAUCACAAGCAUCAGCGAUCGAGUUCUUUGAUGGAUUGACAAGCAGAAUUUAACGUGGCAGAUCCAGCCAUCUCGAAUGGAUUCAAGCUGCAAAUGGUUAAUACACUGGCAAUUAAGAGCAGGCGAAAGAACACCGAGAAGGAGACAAACGCAAGCAUCUCUCUCUCUCUCUCUCUCUCUCUCUCUCUCUGAUGACCAACACUUUUUCUUCUCACUGUUUGUUCUCUCUCUCUUUUUUUGUUUUCGGUCUCGAGAUAUGAAGAGCGGAAACUAAUGAAUGAAUGAGCACGAUUAGUUAGCUGUUGCAAGAAGAAGCAUUCUACCUUUCGGAUGAUUAGUCAAAUGGAACAUCGAUACAUCACAUGGGAUUCUUCUGGUCGUUCUCCACAGGGAGAGGGAGAGGGGAGAGGGGAGAGGGAGAUGGAGAUGGAGAUGGAGAUGGGACAGCCCCCACACCAUCCCUCCUCCUCCUCCACCUCCUUCUCCUCUCUGUAUAAAAUGGCCAAUCCACCAGCUUUUCCCAGACAGCCACAGAGAGGGAAAAAAGGGGCAAGUGAGUUGCGCACUGCAACCUCUCUGCACCACCCACGUCCUUUGUUAGCUGUAGCGUUCCGUCUCUGCUUUCUUCCACCUCUUUGCUUGACCUACACUGACUGCCGCAGCUCAUCGGCUCCUCUGGCUCUUCGAUCCUCGACAUGGGGUUCCCGGUUGGCUACUCUGAGCUCCCGAAGCUCCUCCUCCACCUGCUCUUCCUCUUCGCCCACCUGAGAAGGCUCAUCAACUGGGUCUUCCACUGCCUCGGCCUCGGCGCCCUGCUGGAGUCCGAAGCGCAGUGGCAUGACACGGACGCCCACGCCCAUUACCACCAGACGGGCCUUUGCUCGCUCCCGGCCGAGCUGAUCCAGGAGAGCUCGCCGGCGAUCCGGUUCCAGGAGCUGGUCACCGCGCAGCGCGGCCAUCGCUGCUUGCCGGAGAGCUGCGCGGUGUGCCUCUACGAGUUCGAAGGCGCCGACGAGGUCCGGCGGAUGGGAAACUGCCGCCACGUCUUCCACCGGCACUGCGUCGACCGGUGGCUGCAGCACGGGCAGUGCACCUGCCCUCUGUGCCGAGCGCCGCUUGUCCCCGGGGAGCUGCACGCCGACAGCUCUUUGUCUUACGACGAGGGACACCUGUGCUCCUUCCCGCUGCCGCCGGCGGUGUCUGCGCUGCGUCCCCUUCGGUUGCCUGCUUCCUAGCGAUGGAGAUCGGCGAGCGAGCAAGCAGUGUACAGAGGUGAUGGAAGCUGUGCAAAGCACAAAAGUCGGAUGCAAUAAGACAGGGAAGAAGACCAUCAAUCAUAGUGUGGGUUGGUUCUUCUCCUUGUACAGUCUUGGUUGGGAAUGAGGCUUGGGAGAGCGUGACAUGAAGCUUUCUUGAGGGUACUCUUGAGUGUUCCAAAGGAGUUUGGAGCUUGAGAGAGAGAGAGAGAGAGAGAGAAGGGUCUGCAACCUGUUCACUGCAGCACUUCCUUGGUUGGAUUGGAGGCUUGAGAGAAGAAGGAUCAAAAUCCUACUGGUGUGGGUUGAUUUUGAUGUGUAAUAUCUGCUCCCUUUCUUCUGACUUGAAUUACCAGCAAAAUUUUUUGUUGCUGGUUGCUUGUAAGGGUUGUAACUUUGGAUUGAAUGAGACUGAGAAACUUCUGCUUGGUUUUA